AAAGAGGAGUAUACAUUUUCUGAGAUAACUGCUUCGGGAAUUUACCAGAUUUUGAAUGCAUCAGAAUUCCUCGAACACGAAAGUGAUCAAAGAAUGCUACUUGAGGUUUCAAAUCGUGUUGCAAAAGAAGCCGCUCAGAAAAUGAAAAACUGUGAACUUACUGUUAUUCUUCACAACUUCAAUGGCCAUGUUCACGAUCGUGUGAAACAAAUUGUGAUCACAGCAGGUAAAGGAGAAGACAAAAUCCAGUGUUCAAAAAACACAAAUGGUGAUAUACAAUGGGAAUGUCAGGAUUCGGAAAGAGAGGAACUAAAGGAACACCACCGUUGUGCAACACUUACAAUUUCUGAGAUAAACAAGAUUUUAAACAAUUCAACAUUUCUUGAAAAUAAGAUUCACCGGCAAUUCGUAGCCAGCGAACUUCGCAAAGCAGUAGAAGAGGAAAUGGGAAUGGUCCGGCAAAACUGUACGCUUACUAUCGAGCUGGAAGACUUGGAAAGUCCUACUGGUAUUGCCAUGAAAUACAUCAUCGUCACAGCCGGAAAAGGUGAGAAUAAAAUAUUUAGCUCAAAAGACAAACCAUGGCGGUUCGAAGAUAAAGCUACUAGUGUAAGCAUUGCUCAUACAGCAAGGUCCGCAUUUAACACUGCCCGGGACUAUGGUCAAGGAAUUAUGACCGCUGCUACGAGUCGUAUUGUUUCAGGGAUCAGAGCGGCAAUAGGCUAUUAGUGAAAAUGAACUCAGAAAGAGUAUUUUUUGCAUGAAAAAUUGAAGGAAAUCAUAGUUUUUCACUAUUCAGCUAAUUCUUUGCUGUAAGGAUAAAACGAUAAGACUAUGUAAUAUGUACUCACUACUUCACGGUUGAGUGAACUAUAUUUAACUAUACUGAACUCAUGCUGCACGCAUAUCGCUGUAACUAUAUCUGAACCUGUACGUCUGUUGAUAGUUGAUAUGUCCAGUAUAAAUACUGAUAAUUAUAAAAGAUCAAGAAGCGAUAGGAGUUCAUCUUCAUCAUCAUCAGA